UUCACUGUACCUGGACUUAAAACAUUUGAGGUUCAUGGAGCAUCACUGAGGUGGUUUUCGUCAUAUCAGACUGAAAUGGAUGAAGGCAGCAUCAGGAGGAGGAAGGAGUCGCAGAACGGCUCCACAGGCCACAGCUUGGACUGUCAGACUAAAGACAAGCAGCCUGUGAAAGCUACUGUGCUUCAAAAAGAUAUUGGCCUGUUAAGUGGCAUCUGUCUGAUUGUGGGGACGAUGAUUGGCUCGGGCAUCUUCAUCUCUCCUAAGGCUGUGCUGCUGUACUCUGGAGCUGUGGGACCCUGCCUUCUCAUCUGGGCUGCUUGUGGCGUGUUAGCCACACUGGGAGCACUGUGCUAUGCUGAACUUGGCACCAUGAUCACCAAAUCGGGGGGAGAGUAUUCGUAUCUAACGGAGGCUUUUGGCCCCCUCCUGGCCUACCUUUACUCCUGGACCACUAUUAUGGUGCUGAAGCCCUCCUCCUUCGCCAUCAUCACUCUGAGCUUUGCAGAAUAUGCCUCCACUCCUUUCUACCCUGGCUGUACUCCUCCUCUUGUUGUUACCAAGUGUCUGUCAGCAGCAGCUAUAAUUGUGAUCGUCACCGUCAACUGUUUGAGUGUCAAACUGGCGAGCUACGUGCAGAACUUCUUCACUGUCGCCAAACUUUUCAUCAUCCUUGUCAUAGUUGUAGCUGGCAUGGUAAUGCUGGCGAGAGGAAACACUGAGAAUCUGUCGAAUGCAUUUGAUGGCACGUCACCGUCGAUUGGAGCAAUCGGACUUGCGUUUUAUAAUGGGCUUUGGGCUUACGAUGGAUGGAAUCAACUGAAUUUCAUUACAGAAGAGUUGAAAAACCCAUCCAGGAACUUGCCACUGGCCAUCCUCAUCGGGAUCCCUUUGGUAUCUGUCAGCUACGUGUUGGUCAACGUCGCUUACUUCACUGUUAUGACCGCCACUGAAGUGCUGUUGUCUCCAGCUGUUGCCCUGACGUUUGGAGACAUAGUCCUUUACCCGCUGUCUUGGAUUGUCCCACUCUUUGUUGUGUUCUCUACAUUUGGCUCUGCCAACGGAAGCUGCUUCACCGCUGGCAGACUGGCCUAUGUAUCUGGCAGAGAGGGUCACAUGAUUAAAAUCUUAUCCUAUAUUAGCCUGAAGCGCUACACUCCAGCCCCUGCUCUAAUAUUCAAUGGUAUUUUGUCUAUUUUCUACAUUAUCCCGGCAGACAUUAACACCCUCAUAAACUACUUCAGCUUUGCUCAAUGGAUGUUUUACGGUCUGACAGCACUGGCUCUCAUAGUCAUGCGUUUCACCAGGAAGGAGCUCCAUCGACCAGUAAAGGUGCCGAUUGUAAUACCAGGCCUAAUAGUCCUGGUGUCCUGCUACUUAGUCCUGGCUCCCAUCAUUGAUAAGCCAGAACUGGAGUACCUCUACUGUACUAUCUUCAUCUUUAGUGGACUUCUCCUCUACUACCCUUUCGUCCACCGGAAGGUCAACUGGGCAUGCAAACUGAUGAGGCCCAUCACCAUGCAUCUCCAGCUGCUGAUGGAAGUAGUUCCUCCUGAGAAAACCGAAUGAGAGGGGACUGAACCGACAACCAGGUCAGACCAGAGCUCAAAAUCAGAGCUCUCCUCUGUUGAAUAGCUGCAUGUCAAAAGUAAAAGGGGAUGCACAGUGUUCAAAAACCUAUGUACAAGUGUGAGAUGAAAUCAUUUGUCAUGUGGGUUUAGGGACAAAAAAGAGGAUUCACAUUAUAGUGCCCUAUAGGAAUACCUCUGCUGUUUUUAGAAUUCACUUGGAUAUGCUAAGGCUCUGAGGAGUCUGAGGGUUUGACCAUGACCUCAUGAUGUCUUUCUCCACAUGAAGAAAUAAAUCAUUGACAAACACACAACUUUACUGUGAACAUAACCAGCACUUAAAGGAAUCAUUAAGCAAAUAUGUUAAACAUUUCUUCAUAAUGUGCAAUAAAGUUUUUACUGGGCCAAAGAUCAUAUGAUGUAUAGCUGCUAGGAUUUAGGCAUGACUCAGCACUUGAGCAAAGGGAAGGGGGAAACAUCUUAAAUGCAUUGCAAAGACAACAUGGAGGCUCAGCAGAUCAAAUGUGGAAACAUUUAUUUAUGUUGCUCCUGUGGUUGUAAACUGAAACAUCAGAGUUUCUUUCAGGAUGUUUGUGCAUUAUUUAAUAAUGCUUUCACACUGGAA